AUGUCGUCCCAGCAACUCGCCGCUUUCUUCUACACCGUUCUCGAGCCUGGGCUCUACCGGUGCAACAUCUGCGAACAGCCACGCAAGCAAGCCCAGCGCCCAGGCUACACAAACCUGAUCUCUCACCUGAACUCGAAGCAUCCCACUCACGGCGAGGAGUAUGCUGAGUUUCAGCGCCGAAACCUGACCUCCCUCGAGAUUUUUGGAUUCGUGGACGAAACGACGACUCACAUUUCAGCAGCUGCGGGGCUGUAUAUUAUGCCGUCUGUGGGUCAAAUCGAGGCCGAAAUGAAGCCAACAGCGUCUCCAAAUGGUGAAACACUAGGCGAAUUAGUAGUAAACCGACCGCCGAUGCAAAACUCGACGCGUAAACGACAGAAAGAAGAGCUCACGUAUCUCCGCAAUAAGGUACAUACACUGGAGCAAGAGCUGGAGACCAGGCGACAAGAACUGAUGACCUCAAAAGGUCACGACAAAGAGAACAACGCUCUGACCGUCCAGAUCAGAGGCCGACGCGGACGCGCCAUGCGCUGGCAACGCAUCGCCAAGCACCAAUUGGUGGAGAAACAACGAGCUGAACUUCAAAAUCUACAGCUAAGAGCGUCACUUGUAUAUCAGCUCAAACUGGCUCGUAGUUUACAGAAACUACUUAAGAAAAACGCAUCUAGGAAGGACGGGGGCACAGAUGCGGCGCAGCUCCAGACGCGACUAGAGUUUAGUAAUUACUGCACUGGCACUAGUGAGGACUCACUUGUAUGCAGAAGUGGACACAGUCUGUGCCAGACACCCAGUCAUGAGGAAGGCUCCGGUGUCUCUAGCCUUCAUGUGGGCGAGACGGAGGCCUUGUACUUGGAAGCCACAAAUUCCAAGGUAGUCCCCUUCAGGAUGGAAGAGACAUGCUCAGCCGUGUGGCGGUGUUUAUCAAAGGACCACUUAAAACUGGCUGAUGGGACGUAUCAUGGGGUGGCUACCUCGCCCGAUACUAUCCGCGCAAAAGCUGUCACGGCGCUGCGAGUGGAUAAAACUGCAGCACACUUGCAGAUGCGCUUCGCCAUCAAGAAAUACGUGGAGCCACAGCGUGUGGUGAUUACUCUUCAGUGUGCUUCAGAGAGUGAAGGUCCUCGCGAUCUGCUUCAUGGACUUAAGAUGAUGCAACGCGCGUGGGUUGUUAUCCGACCAGUGCUCUUUGAAGAUGGCGAUGAUGAGACGAUUAUUCAACUGUGUAUGCGUCUUACUCCGUCGUUGUCAGCCCGUGUCCUUGAUACGCCAGGUCAACGAACUGGAGCCAUCACGGAGCUGCUUCUUGCGGCAGUUCAUCGGAAUCUAGGGUGGCUGUUUCAAACAGUUGAGAAUAUCUUGAUGGAGCACAAUUUUGGAAAUACGCUACUUUGA